AUGGCUAAGCAUGGAGCUAUCCUAUUUUUUUAUGUUUUCCCCACUCUUAUACUAAGCUUGAGCUUCUUGUGCAAAGACAUCGAUGAAAACAGAACGGUCCACAUUGUGUACCUUGGUUCACUUCCUGAUAAGUACACCAAUGUCUCACCACCUUGGUUUACUCCAAAAAGUUGUCGAGAGCAACUCCGUGAAUUCUACAUCCUCGAACAACAAGAUCUUGGGACUUUAUUGGUUUCAACGAGAAUAAAAUGGAAUGGCAGUGUUGAGAGUGAUACUGAUACCAUUAUUGGUGUGAUUGACUCUGGAAUUUGGCUUGAAUCAGAGAGCUUUAAAGAUGAAAGUUUUGGUCCUCCUCCCAAGAAGUGGAAAGGUGGUUGUGCAGGUGGCACAAAUUUCACCUGCAACAAGAAGCUCAUCGGAGCUAGGUUUUACAAUUUCUCAUUUGUGAGGGAUGAACAAGGACAUGGAACCCAUACUGCCUUAAUGGUAGCGGGGAUUACCGUACAUGAUGUGAGCUUUUAUGGAUUAGCACAAGGUACUGCAACGGGAGGCGUUCCCUCAGCAAGAAUUGCAGCAUAUAAAGUCUGCAAUGCCGAAGGGUGCUCUACAGAGGCUAUCUUGGCUACUUUUGAUGAUGCUAUUGCAGAUGGAGUUGACAUAAUUACGAUUUCAAUUAAUAGCCCUAGUGUAGUUGCUUUCGAGAAAGAUCCUAUAUCAAUUGGUGCUUUUCAUGCAAUGGAGAAGGGGAUACUAACAACAAACUCAGUAGGCAAUGGUGGUCCUUUUGAUGGAAGUGUAGCAAGUGUAGCACCAUGGAUGCUAACAGUUGCAGCAAGUACAAUAGAUCGACGGAUCAUUGACAAGGUGAUUCUUGGAAAUGGAAAAACAUUAGUCGUGGCGUUGGUAAACUCUUUCACAUUAAAUGGAACAAGUUUUCCAUUGAUUUAUGGAAAUGGCGCUUCAAGUCGAUGCUCAAACUUCAGUACUAGGACUUGUAUGGAUGGCUUCUUAGAUAGUGAUUUAGUUAAGGGAAAGGUUUUGUUAUGUGAUGAGUCAGAUGGAGCUAAUGGGGCCUUUCUUUCUGGAGCAGUAGGUUCAAUUAUGAAAGUUGAUUGGGAUGACUAUUCUCUAGUUCCCCCACUUCCUGCAACGAGUUUGAGCCUCAAUAACCGUAAUGUGAUCAAGUCCUACAUAACUCCACGAAAGAUCCUCGAGUAA